AUGUCAUCCGGUCAGCAAGACCGAGUCAACACCUUCAACCGACUACGCCGGCCCCAAUUCGAUGAUCGGGGCCACCCAAACCACUACCAUUUCUGUGUUCAAUCUCUACCUGUCGUCCCCGGCGAUGCAGUCGUCCUGGUAAACCCCUACAAUGGCCAUUAUCACACCGAAGGCCGCACCAACAUCUUGUCCCUGCCACUCGCCCGACGGGCCAAAGUGAUCGUACCCCUGCUCUUGUACUCGUUCAACGCCCGCUUCGACGAGUCCGAGUCCAUCCCUCAAAUGAGUGAGAACAACACGCCCUGGGCGCCAUGGAGCUGGAGCACCGACAAUCCGGCCCUGAGCGAGGCGGUCUCCGCUCGACUCCGAGCCAUUGGAGUGCGGCAAGAGCUGUGUCAAGUCUCGGUGUCUGAGGGAAGUAUGAUCGAGGUCGGGGAGAGAAAGUGGGGUGCGAUGGAACAGGAGAUGGAAAGGAUGAUGCCUUUUUUCCCUGGGGAUCAGUUCAGAGACGAGGUGGAUCAGAGCUGUAAUUAUUGUGGAUUUACGCCGUCGUUGGAUUAUUCGUUUCAGCGAUGCGCGCGGUGCAAGCGGGCGUAUUAUUGCUCCAAGGAGUGUCAGAAGGUGGAUUGGAGCUCUCACAAAAAGAGUUGUGCUCCGCCGACUUGCUGGGGGAAGAGUUGGAUUUGGUGUUUCAUCAUCUCCCUUGAGAUCAAGGGAUGCUGA